UUUAAAGGACAGUAGGAAAAAACUCGUGGUAGUGUAAACCCACAGGGAACUGAAAAAUUAAAACUGCUUUAAAGGUGGAUGCAUGGCAGAGGUUCGGUUACCGAAACAAAUCAUCGCUACUCAGAAAACAAAUUCUUUGUCAACUUUUAGAAGGUGGUAGAUACCGGCAAGGUGACUCCAUUAUGAUAAAGGCCAUUUUAAGAAGGCUACACGAGGUGCUGGCAAGACCCUCUCCAGAACGAGGGACAUUUACCAAACCUGGGGAAGCUUUCCUUGCCCUGGCUGGGUACUCUGUUGGUUUGGGCAACUUCUGGAGGUUUCCUUAUUAUUCAUACAAGUAUGGUGGAGCGGCCUUCCUCAUCUCAUACAUCGUGUGCAUGAUGUGUAUCGGUCUUCCUCUAUACUUCAUGGAGUUAGCUCUGGGACAGUAUGUAAGCCUGGGACCUACACAGAUGUUCUCCUUCAUGUGCCCGCUCCUCUCAGGUGUUGGAUGGGGGAUGGUGCUUUUAUUGCUCCUCGUGACCAUCUACUACAACUUGCUCUUGUCUUGGGCACUCUUCUACAUUGGUGCGUCCUUCUUUAGUCCGCUUCCCUGGUCCGACUGUCAAAAUGAUUUCAACACUGAUGAUUAUCUCCAUAGUAACCCAGAGGAGAAGUCAUAUGUCGCAGCCAAGGAAUAUUUCAUCCACGAUGUGUUAGGGCAGCCAACAGGAGAGGAAGGCACCUAUGAGUUUCAUGGCUUGUUGGUAUUAUGCUUGGCCUUGGCCUGGGUACUAGUGGCACUGUGUCUAGGUGGAGGCAUCAGGGGAACUGGCAAGAUCCUCUACGUCACAGUCAUCUUCCCCUACGUUGUUCUUGCCUGCCUCCUUGCUAUCAACUAUGACAGAAGCAACGAUGCAGGACGUGAGCGCUGGCUGGCGAGCUUCUCCAAUUUUAAUUCCUCAGAGCUCCUGCAUCUUGAUAUAUGGAUUUCUGCUGCCUCACAGGUCAUCUACUCCCUUGGUGUGGCAUAUGGUGGCAUCACAACCCUUUCAUCUUACAACUCUCUCCAGCAAAAUUUUAUUCGGGAUGCUGUGUUGGUGUGCUUGCUUGAUGUGGGUACAUCCCUUUUGAGUGGCUUUGUGCUGUUCAGCUCAACUGUGGUGCUGACAGAUAAGAAACUUGAAGAUUCUCAUGGAACGUCAGUACUUGUCUUCACUGCUCUCUCAGCGAUGCUCUCUCGCAUUAAUAGUAGACCUUGGUCCAUCCUCUUCUUCUUCAUGGUCCUCACUCUUGGUCUUGACAGUCAGUUUGUGAUGGUAGAGGCAGUAACAACAGCUGUGUUUGACCAGUUCCAAGUGCUUCGGAGGAACCACCUGCCAGUGGUAAUGGGGACCUGUUCUCUACUUUUCGUGCUGGGUCUACCUAUGUGCACCAACUAUGGACUCAGUGUGUUCAACUUGAUGGACAUGAACACCAGCAAACACUCUCUUCUGAUGCUGGGCUUCCUUGAGGUCUUCAUCGUUAGUUACAUUUACGGCUUCGAGAAGAUGGUGACUAAUGUGAAGAAAGACCUGCGCUUGUGCGUGCCCAGACCUCUUUACUGGUACUGGGCUGCGACCUGGACAGUGAUCACCCCUCUGUGUCUCCUGGCUCUGACGGUUUUGGGGCUAUGGUCUGAGGACUGGAGUGUGGGAGACUCGCUCAGUAUGUUCGUCUGGGGCCAGGUCAUAGCCUUUGGUCCUGUGUUCCUUGUACCCAUCUUUGGCAUUUACAAAAUCUGGACUCGAGGAGACCAGAGUUUGGGUCAAUUAUUGAGUGCCACAGCCAACUUCUGCCCACAGUAUUUGAGGAAUGGCCGAGACCCUGUCACAAACAAUCAAUACUUACCUGAAAAUCACUUCUGUGGAGAUAACAGAGCAUUUGACCUUCAGGAGUUAUAAGAUUACAGUAUAUGAAGGGUAAAGAAUAAAUUGUAGUGUAGUGCUCAGCAUGGCUGUUGUCUCUAGUUCUUGCUAAACAAACUUUGUCAAAAGCCUUACCCAGCUGUUGCUGAUAUCGGUAUCAUGGACAGCAGACUUGUGUUGUUCUGUUUUCUCGAGUAAUACUGAUGAGAGACAGACAUUGUGUUGUAGUGAAAGAGCCAAGUGUUGCUCGCAGGCUCUGUGGCAUACAUAAGUGAAGAACCUCGGUGUUACUUCCCGUACCUGAGUGUUGUGUAAAAGUUGAGGUGGUACUUUCAGUACAGUACUUAAUAAUUUAAGUAAAAGAUACUUUUAUUCGCAGUUCUUAUGUUAUACUGUAUACUGUAUAUAAGCUGAGGAGUUUACAGCAAAAAAAGUGAAAGCCGUUGAAUUGUAUAUUGAAACAAAAUCUGUGGUACAGACUCAACGUCGCUACUGUUAUCACUUUAACGUCAGAUGAGUGCCAAUUUCAAAAUCAAUUCACUGUAGUGUUACCAUAUUUAAGGAAAACGAAACUGUUCACAAUCUAAAUAAAGGGGCAUCAGGUAGACCAAGGACCUCAGGGACGUUGGUAAGACCAUCCUCCUCUCAGCACCGUGAUGACGCAGUAGCGGUGUGGCUGAUAGGGGGCCAUCUUCUUACCCCCUUUCUUGUGCCGUUCAGCUGGUGAUAAUUUAAGCUGCACCAAGUUGCCCACACGGAAUGCUCCUUCUCGAUUGCAAUAUUUCUUAUACCUCCUCCCCUGCGCCACUGCUACUCUCCCUUUUGCCAAACAUAGUGCUUUCGCGAUCCUUCCCAACUUCUCCCGUACCAAAUGACCACCUACCUCCGCAUUACUCAGGUCUGCUGGACGGAAGUUAGGGUCAUCACGUGAUGUCUUUUCCGACACCAACUGUUCCGGACAUCUUGCAGGAACACCAUACUCCAGUUCGUGCUGAUCAUACCCUGUUGUUGCAUUCCUUGAUGAAUUGUGACUAAAUUGCAGAUGGGGCACCAUCUCCGGCCACAAAUUGAAGUUGUUAUCACAUAGACACUGCAGGUUGUCCAUAAACUGAUUUUGUCUCUCCAUCUGGGCUUGGCUGCGUGGAUGAUAGAGCAUUCCAAGUUUCUGAUGAAUGCCCGUCAUCCUACAUACUGCUCGGAACAUCUCAGACGUAAAAUGAGGCCCCCAGGCCGAUGAGAGUGACUGAGGCACUCCGAAUGUGCACACCCAACGAUCAAAGAGAGUCCUGGCUGCAAUGUCUGAUGUAGCAUCACACGUGGGUACCAUCACAAUAUACCGCGUCGGUACAUCCUGUAUGUGCAUUACAUACCGGAAUUGAUGCUUGCCAGAAACAGGAUACGGUCCCACAAAAUCCACUUGCAGUAGAUAAUUUGUGCAGUCAGGAAUUUCAUGUACUGCAACAGUUCUCUCCCUGGCACUUUAGCUCUUUUGUUCGUUCCACAUGCCACACACUAACUGAUGUGUGCCGCGACAUCAUUCUUCAUCCCCGGCCACCAGAAAUUGUUCCUUGCCCUCUCCCAUGUUUCCUUAACUCCAUCGGGUGCACUCUGCUCCAACGUCCGCUGUGUUGUAUAUAACAGAGCACCUCUUGCUGAGAUAACCUGAGAUGGGCCCGGAAAGGAUUUAGUUCCCCCUGAACCGGGGCUGAACUAUUUCCCCUAUUACCCUCAAGGAUUCUGACCAUGACAGCUAUAUCUUGUUCUCCUGUUGUUCUUUGAUGAAGGUCGGUAUGUCCCAGAAGGUGUUGGCAAGAUGUGUAGGAGCAUUAAUUGCACCUACUGAGGAAGUCCUCAUUUGUCCGACAUCAGAUACAAUUCGUGAGAGAUAAACCGCCAUGGACAUCGUCGGACUGCGACCUGCCUUGUAUAUAGGAUAGAUGUCUAACUGCUGCAGGAAAUCCAUCCACCUCCCCCUCCUGCCCCCGUUCCUCACUUAUGUCGAGCGAGUUGAGCCAGCGAAGGGCGCAAUGAUCCGCAAUCAGGUCGAGCUGGGAGGCUAUCACCAGCCAGACUUUAUAAACUAACUCUAAACAUGCUCAAAACACUUAAAAUAUAUCAUAAAAUAAUC